UUCCCGAGCCACAAAUGGAGGUGCCGAAGUCUGUCUGAAUGAUUUUCUAUGUAUCCACCUGAUUGGAGUAGGAAUAAGGUAGCUGAGUGGAACCUUUAGGAAUAUCUAUCUCAUAUUGCUGUCAGAUCUUUCGUCCAAUUGGAAAUUGAGGUUUGAGGAACUUGGCUUCUCUAUUCAGCUUUAGCUCGCGUCUUCAUCUCUACCUUCGCAAUGGCGAAAAGCCCCGUCCGAGCCGCUGGCGUCCCCCACCCCUAUUGGCCGCGGGACCUGUCCAUCCCAGGCUACGUGGCGAACGAUAGGUCAAUGCAUGAGAUCCUGUCCUUCCUCUUCUCUGUGUCGGGUCUCUUCCUGCUGUCCACCUGGGUCCUGACGGGCCGGAAGUGGGCCAGAGAUGGCCGUGGUCAGGAGUUCGGGGUGGCCAGGCGGCUGGCUAUCUGCUGGUUUGCUGUCUGUGGGUUCAUCCACGGGGUCAUUGAGGGAUGGUUCUCUCUGUACUAUGACGUCAUCCCCUCAGACCAGAGCUUCCUGUCUCAGCUGUGGAAGGAGUACUCCAGAGGAGACAGCCGAUAUGUCAUAGCUGAUAACUUCACGGUGUGUAUGGAGACAGUAACAGCCUGGUUCUGGGGUCCAUUGAGUUUGUGGACGGUGUUUGCCUUCCUGGCCAACAAACCAUGCCGCUUUGUCCUGCAACUCAUUGUCUCUCUUGGUCAGCUGUAUGGGGCGGUGCUGUAUUUCUACACUGAGCACCGUGAUGGGUACAGCCACAGUCAGAUGGGUCAUCCUCUGUACUUUUGGUUCUAUUUUGUCUUCAUGAACAUCCUGUGGAUCAUCAUUCCUCUGGUCCUCAUACUGGAUGCAUGGAGACACCUACAGCAGGCCCAGACACACACUGACCUGGCCCAGAAGGAGAAGACCAACUGAUGAGCAGGGGUGGGUGGGAGAGCAGCAGAGGGGUGGGGGGCUAUUCAAAAAAUAAAAAAUAUCAAAGUAGCUAGACGGAGGAAAGUAGAUACUUUUAACUCUGAUUAAUAAUAGUAGUGUUUGAACUGACCAAACAAAAUAAUGUUGAUAGAUACGCUGUAUCAUGUAUGUGUGGUUUGUAUUGAAAAAUUUUCAUAAUUUGGUGGCAUUAUGCAAUGUGAAUUUUCCCUUUUUCUAAACUGAUUAAACACAUGGCGACAUGG